AUGGUCAAAAUACUUCAAAAUCCCAACACUGUUAUGCGUUGGUUACUGCUAUCUUUUUACGCACUUUUAAUAGGCUCCUUAUCUUGCCAUGGGAACGACCAACAUGGUAAUCAAGCCAUAGCUAUAGUGGACUCUGAAGUUGAAAAUAAGGAUUCUACUGCAACUAGUCAUGAUAAACUGAACCAAAUCGAUUAUGACGACCUGAAUGUUUUUCAACCAACUUCUGAAUGGCAAACUGUGUAUGAAGGUCAAGCUAUCCCUGCUGGCCUACAUGUUAGAAUGAAUUUAGCGACAGGCAAGAAAGAGGCAAAACUGAUGGAAGAUGGUACCAACAAAGAAAAGGAGAAAACAACUGGGCCAAAUUUUCAAAAUGGCAUUCCAUACACGAAGAAAGAGCUAAAACAACUCUUACAAAAUAUGCCAAAGGACAAUAAGGCGGGGGAGACAUUUGUAAUCAGUGAUGAAGAUAGAGAAAGAGUAAAAACAAGCUACAAAUCUAUCGAAGAGAUUAAAGAUGAUCUAGGCAAAUUACAUGCAAACAUUAAAACCGAUGCUCAGGUUUUACAGUCUAAUAUUGACACCCUCAAAGAUAAAAGUACAAGUAAGGAUGACCGAAUGACCGCUUUAGAAAGUAUUGAAUAUCUGGUUCAUCAGAUUGACAAUGCUAAAGAUUUUCAUACCAUGAAGGGAUAUCAGUUAAUUCUCCAUGAUUUGAAUGGUACUGAUGUAAAUAUAAAGAGCAUUGCUUUUCAAAUUAUUGGAGCUGCUGUUCAAAGUAACCUUGAUGUGCAAAGAAUUAUGCUGGAUCUUGGAAUUUUACCAAUUAUUUUUAACGGCAUAGAUGCAAAGGAGGAAUUCAUUAUACGCCGCAGAUCGCUUUAUGCUUUAUCAUCCCUUUUGAGAAAUUUUCCUCCUGCACAGAUGGAAUUUCUACGUCGGGGUGGGAUGACAGUGUUAACCAAAAUAUUUUUGGAGGGUGGCACUGAGGUUCUCCGAAUAAAAGCACUUGCUCUCAUAUCUGAUCUCUUAAAAGAGAAUCAUACUAACUAUCAAGCUGAAGAUAACAUCUCAAUAACUGGAAGAAUACUCGACGAAUUAAUUGAGCGCAAGUGGUGUAAAUUUAUGCCAAUAUUGCUGCAAACUACAGAUUAUGACGCAACGGAGAGAGUAUUAGUUGCUAUGAAUACAGUAGUAGCGUAUUGUAAAGAAGAAUUUGACAAAGACAAUGUAUCUACAAAAUUGAAAAACUCUGUAGAGAAGUGGAAAAAAUUGAUAGCGGAAGACGAUGAUAAUUCCUUUUAUUCAGAAUUGAUCGAUUUAUCAGUAAGAUUGCAAAAUAAGUUGUCAAUAUCUUAA